AUGGUAUCUUAUUUACCAGGUAGGGAAAACUUCUGUAAUGGGCAAUCACACACACCUUGCCAUAGAAUUGUUCAAAAUGAUGAGGAAGGUUCCGAGAUAGAGUUUGAGGGUUGGAUUCAACUUGGUAAUCCAGUUCGGGAGAGAAACCGGGGUUGUAUUGGAAGUUGUCAAAGAUCAUGUUCGAUGAAUUCUCCAAACUUACAUUUUUCACAUAAUGAUAAUAACUGUUGGUCCAAUAAUGAUGCAAUUAAUGUUUUGUGGGAACACACUCCCAAAAGCGGCUGUAAUCACUCAUGUUCUCACAAUUUAAACCCUUGUAAUCCUGUUAGAAGGGUAGUUAGGUGUUCCGAGUGUUAUGGAAAAUUUAACGGAUUUGACAAACAGCUUAGAAAUGAAAAUGAGAUAUAUUAUGUGAACAACAGGCAGAAUGCUCCCUCUGUUCUCGUUCAGAAACCACAGACUGUUGUUGUUAGGAAUAAAUCCAGGCCUCCUAUUGUCGUUCAACAGCCUCCUCCCAAUGUUAUUGUGAAAAAUGAUCCUCCUCAGCCCAUUUAUGUUCAGAACCCUCCUCCUAACAUCACUGUUAAGAACUCUGAACCCACACCUUACAGAAAUUAUCCUUUUCAGAACGCCAGAAUUGAGAGGGGAAUACAUGAAGAACCUUAUAUUAGGCAAUCGACCUGCGGUAUGAAUAGAGGCAAUCAAAACGCUACGUUUUCUCACAAGAGGAACCACUGCAUAUAUCACUGCAAGCAUCCUUGUUGUGCAAAUUAUAAUAUGUAAUUUGAG